CACACAGCACAGCGCCGCCGCCAGAAGCCAACCCCCCCUCCAAAAUCGCCCACCAUGGCGCCCUCAAGAACACGGACGAUGAAGAACAAGCACGCGGCGAACAAGUCCGGCAUCAGUGGGAGCAAGUCGGCGAGGAAACCAAUGUCGGACGGCGUCGUCAAGUCGUCCAAGAAGAAGCCGCAGGGCAAGAUCACCACCGCGAGCCAAGUGAAGGGUCUGUCCAAUGCGUCGGACCUGAUGAAGAAGAAGAAGAAGCGGGUGUACUCUGAGGCGGAAUUGGGAAUACCGCAACUGAACAUGAUCACGCCGAUCGGGGUGCAGAAGCCCAAGGGGGUGAAGAAGGGCAAAGUGUUUGUGGACGACAGGGAGAGCAUGAACACGAUCCUGGCAAUGGUCCAGGCGGACAAGGAGGGCCAGAUCGAGUCCAAGAUGGUCAAGGCACGACAGUUGGAGGAAAUCCGGGAGGCGAGGAGGAUACAGGCCGAAAAGAAGGAAGAGGAGCGGAAGUCCAAGCUGGAGGAUACCAAGGAUUCUCUCCGCAAGAAGCGGAAACGGCCCCAGACGGCUGAUGAGGGCGAAAGCAUCAAGAAGGUCUCGGUGACGGGCUCCAAGGCGGCGAAGCCAAAGAAGAAGGUUGCCUUCGCCGAAUAAAGGGCCCGGCGGCGGGCUUGCUUGCUUGUAUCACAUUUGUAUGGCGUCUGGCGUCUAAAGCUGCUGCAAGUUGGGGGUACUUGGGAUUGGAGCUCGGUGGUGAUGAAUUGGUCACUUCAUCGGUAUCCAGAUCCAAGAGUAUAUAUAUAUACCUACACAUAUCUAUCGAGUCUGUUGUCAGCAUUGCGGACUAUGCUUCUCGCGCAAUCACCGGCGUCGAUAAGUGACUCAGGUUAGUUAGCAAGAAGGACACAAAGCCUAGUAACAUGAGCCCGGCCCAAGACCAUGAUGUUGUCAGGGGUAUUGUCAGGGGUAUAAUCCAGAAUUAGGUAUUAGGUAUUAGGUGCUUAAACGCCAACACAGAGAUCCCACCAAAAUCCAAUAUCA